GGCGCCUGCGCAGAGCGUCCCGGCGCCGGUGCGACCCGUCCGGCUCAGCUGACAGCGGCGAGGACGGAAGAGGCGGCGCGCGGGGGCCGCGGGGCGUCACCGGGCCGGGCCGGCGAGCGGCGAUGGCUGAGUUUCUAUAGUGUUUCUAGUAUGAGUUCCACGGCUUGGCCUUACCCCCAGCUCCAGCUGUCCCAUCUCCAUUGUCUUCAGAACCUAUGGGAUUUGUACCCUCCCAGACUCUGAACUGAGAUCCGGACCACGGUGUUGAUAUCCUUUUCUUCUGGUGGUUAUUAACAGCUCCUUAGAAAAUUAAAUGUCGUCUGAGGACCGAGAGGCGCAGGAGGAUGAGUUGCUGGCCCUGGCGAGUAUUUAUGAUGGAGAUGAAUUUAGAAAAGCAGAGUCUGUCCAAGGCGGAGAAACCAGGAUCUACUUGGACUUGCCACAGAAUUUCAAGAUAUUUGUGAGAGGCAAUUCAAAUGAGUGUCUCCAGAAUGGUGGCUUUGAACACACCAUUUGCUUUCUGCCUCCACUUGUGCUGAACUUUGAACUGCCACCAGAUUAUCCAUCUUCCUCCCCACCUUCAUUCACACUUAGUGGCAAAUGGCUGUCACCAACUCAGCUCUCUGCCCUCUGCAAGCACCUGGACAACCUGUGGGAGGAGCAUCGUGGCAGCGUGGUCCUGUUCGCCUGGAUGCAGUUCCUUAAGGAAGACACACUGACGUACCUGAACAUCGUCUCUCCCUUCGAGCUCAAGAUGGGGUCUCCGAAAACGGGGCAGAGGAGGACCGUGCCGGCCCCUCCCAGCUCUGAGCUGGAGUUCGGAGGUGCUGCUUGCUCGGAUGCAGACCCAGAGGAAGUGGUGGACGAGAGAGCCGUGCAGGAUGUGGAGUCGCUGUCCAGCCUCAUCCAGGAAAUCCUGGACUUUGAUCAAGCGCAGCAGAUCAAGUGCUUCAAUAGUAAAUUGUUCCUGUGCAAUAUCUGCUUCAGCGAGAAGCUGGGGAGCGAGUGCAUGUACUUCUCGGAGUGCCGGCACGUGUACUGCAAAGCCUGCCUGAAGGACUACUUCGAAAUCCAGAUCAAAGAUGGCCAGGUUCAUUGCCUCAACUGCCCCGAACCCAAGUGCUCUUCAGUGGCCACUCCGGGUCAGGUCAAAGAGCUCGUGGACGCAGACUUGUUUGCCCGUUACGACCGCCUCCUCUUGCAGUCCACCCUGGACCUGAUGGCCGACGUGGUGUACUGCCCGCGGCCCUGCUGCCAGCUGCCCGUCAUGCAGGAGCCCGGCUGCACCAUGGGCAUCUGCUCCAGCUGCAACUUCGCCUUCUGCACGCUGUGCCGGCUUACCUACCACGGGCUGUCCCCGUGCAAGGUGACCGCAGAGAAAUUAAUAGACUUACGAAAUGAGUACCUGCAAGCAGAUGAGGCCAGUAAAAGAUUUUUGGAACAGAGGUAUGGGAAGAGGGUGAUACAGAAGGCGCUGGAGGAGAUGGAAAGCAAAGACUGGCUAGAGAAGAACUCCAAGUGCUGCCCGUGCUGUGGGACCCCCAUUGAGAAAUUAGAUGGCUGCAACAAGAUGACGUGCACUGGCUGCAUGCAGUACUUCUGCUGGGUCUGUAUGCGCUCCCUGUCUCGGGCGAACCCCUACCAGCACUUCAAUGACACCGCAUCCCCCUGUUACAACCGGUUAUUUCAAGCUGUGGAUGUUAAUGGAGAUGUUUGGGAAGAUGAGAUUGAAGACUAGUAAACUCCUGCUGCUCGCCAUACAGAGAGGCCGGGUUUGCCCUAACCUUUGGUCAAGGAUACCAAGUAACUGCAGGCUGCUUAGGGGGUACCAUCCAUUCAUCCUUCCUAUGUUGAUGCUGUGGGAAAACAAUGUUUGUAUUUUCAUGUGGUACUACUGAUUAAGGCACAUUCAGACAUUUUUCAGUGUAUUACAGUUGAAAAAAUUAAGCCAAAGGUUUAGAACAUGAAAACUAGACAAAUAUUAAUAAUUCAGAAGCUCUGAAUAGUUAAAAAUUCAAUAUUUAUUUUAUUCCCCAAGCUUUAUGUCAGGAGAGAGAGGGAUCAAGAGUUGAACUUACAGACCUUUUUAUCUCUGAAAGAAACCCUCUAGGACAUUCGUUGGGAACCCCCUUUUUGCUGCUGGGGAGGGUAGAAGCAUUAUUAAAAUUGUCUGACAGCCAGAUCUCAUUUUUCACUCUCUUCAAUUCCUUCCUACCUAAAUUUCUGCGAAGUUGUCUUUGGACGAAACCCAUUACUCUAACUGAUUGGGUGACCCAACAUCGUUUUCAUCUACUGCUUCUCAGAAUAGAAAUUUUUUUCUUUUUUUUUUUCCCCAGAUAUCUCAAAAGUAUUCAUAAUGUGGGUCUCCUACUAUUUACUAGUCCAUUAUUCUUGAUCCAAAUCUCUAUAGUUUCCUGAUAGCGGCUCAGUAGAGUCUUCCGCCUUACUCGCCUCCCUGGGCAGUGCAGGGGGCCUCCUGCCCUGGUCCUUCUGCCUUCUGUUCUCUCUCCCCACUUGCUCUGCUUUCUUUUUGGUCAGGACAAUUUUUGUGUUAACUCUAAGCAGCCCAUAGCGAUUUCCUCGGCUGGGCUAGGAGAAGCCACAUAGAACAAGUCGAACUUUUAAAAACCAUCUACGUUUUGAAUUGCACACUCUUGUGGCUCCCGUCCUGCCCCCCUGAAUUCUCUGUGAAAGUCGUCUGGACUGAACAGGGGUGGGCUUGGCUUCCUGCCUGCUCCCCUCCCCUGCCCCUCUUUUUUCCCAGCAGCAGUUUCGGGGGUGGGGGUGAUUUUAGCGUGACACCUCGAUCCCUGUGUCUAGGUUUUGUUGGCUUUUUGAAAAAAAAAAUUGUCUUUUCUUAUGGUUUGGUAAGUGAAGUAAGAUUUUUGGAGAAAGAGGACCGAGGCUUCAGCUGCGACUGUGAACGUGUUCUUUUUUCCUGCCUCUCGUUGAGAACUGGGGAAUGGGUUUGAAGAUGUGUGCGUGUAUCCAAAGGGUUACUUCCAAGGACUGCUUCUGGAUUGUUAAUGGGGAUGCUUCACCUUAAAAAUAAAGAGAAUUUAAAAAUUGUCGUAUGAUUAGAUUAGAGCUUCUACUUCUUCUGUCAUUAAGGGCUAUGUUCACAUUUUAAAACUCUGUUUAGGGCCGGAGUGAUAGGACAGCAGGUAAGGCGUUUGCCUUGCACGUGGCUGACCUGGGUUCGAUUUCCGGCGUCCCAUACGGUCCCCUGAGAACUCAGGAAUGAUUCCUGAGCAUCACCGGGUGUGACCCAAAAAGACAAUAAAUAAAUAAAAAAUAAAGCU